AUGCCUGAAACAAAUGCAACAGAAUCAGGCAGUGGAGAGAAAGGAAUCACAUACGACAAUGGACAUCCUUAUCAGCUAAACAAUUCAGAUUCACCUGGUAUGACUCUAGUCAACACUGUUUUUGAUGGAAGAGGAUACCUAGGUUGGAGGAGAUCUAUCCUCCUAUCUCUAUCAGCCAAGAGGAAACUUGGUUUUAUCAAUGGAGCUUGUAAAGCCCCAGAUCUGAAGUCUGCAGAUUUUGAGCAAUGGAGUUGUGUCAAUGAUAUGGUUAUAUGCUGGAUAUCAAAUGCAUUAUCUAAGGAUAUUGCAGACAGUGUGAUGAAUUCCAAGACUGCAAAAGAACUUUGGGACAGUCUAGAACAGAAAUUUGGCAAGUCAAAUGGUGCCAAACUCUACCAUCUACAAAAGGAAUUGACAGGACUAGUACAAGGUAAUAGUGACAUUGCUGGAUACUUCACCAAACUUAAGAGAUUAUGGGAUGAAUUAGAUGGGAUAAAUGUGAUUGUUUGCUGUUCAUAUGAAUGCACUUGUGAGGGGAAAGCAAAAUUAACAAAAUCCCUGGAAGAUCAGAGGUUAAUUCAAUUCCUAAUGGGACUAAAUGAUGUGUAUGCUCAGGCAAGGGGAAACAUACUUAUGAUGAAUCCCUUGCCUGGAAUAGAUGUUGCAUAUUCCUUGCUUUUGCAGGAUGAGAACCAGAGGGAAGUUUAUGCAAAUACACACUUCACCUCUGAUUCUGGAUCAUUUAUGGCAGUUGGACAAGCAAAACAACCAAACAUCACAUUAUUUGCUGAGUUUGCAGCAUUCAUGGCUAAUGUACAGGGAAGAAAUGCACAGAAAUUUAAAAGACAUGCGCAUGAUGAUUGCUACAGACUGCAUGGAUUUCCUACAGAUUUUGAGUUCACUAAUUCCAGGAACUAUCAGCCCCAGAUUAAAGCAAAUGCAAGUUUAACUCAUGAGGCAGAGGAAAACAUGGGAGGACAAGAUUUUGGAGUCAAUGAUGGAAAUUUUCAAGAGCAAUUUAGCAAGGAACAGAUUGUAGAAAUGAUGCAAAUGUACAAGCAAAGUAAAUUGACACAAGCAGGAAAGACAGGAAUCAAUGCAAAUGCAGUGGCUGGAGCUUCAAAACACAUGUGUUUUGAUCCCAAUUCUUUCCUAUUUCUAAUUCCUCUCCCUAUGCCUUUGAAUAUCAAUUUACCUAAUUCUUUCAAGUUUCAAUAUGAUAUCCUAUUCACAACUGCUGGAUGUUUGUUGCAGGACCUUUCAAUGAAGAGUCCUCAAGCUUUUGGUGAAGUUAGAGAGGGACUCUAUCUAUUGGAGCCUAAUAGUGCUAAGUCUAAAAGUAUUUUCAAUUCCAAUGAUGUAUUUUCAAUUCCAAAAGGAAGAAAUUCCAUUUCACAACCAGUUUCAGUUUCUAAUCCAGUACAUGUUAAUGUUGUUCCUAAUGUAAAGCUUUGGCAUGUAAGGUCUAAUAAUGCUUUGGAGUUGGGAAAAGGCACACAAGAAUCAGCUUUUCUAGCCUCACAAGGGAUUCUGCAUCAACUGUCUUGUGUAGCUACCCCUCAACAAAAUGGAAUUAUUGAGAGGAAGCAUAAACACCUCUUAGAGAUUGCUAGAGGAUUGAUGCUCCAAUCUAAAUUGCCUAUGUCCUACUGGGGAGAGUCUAUUCUGACUGCUACGCACAUCAUUAAUCGACUACCAUCUAGUGUGCUCAAGGGGCAGACACCUUAUGAAGUAUUGUUUAGACAAAAGCCUACUUAUGACCAUUUGAGGAAUUCUAGGUGUUUGUGCUAUGCUUCCACCCUAGGACAAGGAAGGAACAAGUUUGAUGAAAGAGCUACUGCUUGUGUUUUACUAGGAUAUCCUUUACAGCAGAAAGGAUAUAAGUUGUUGUCCCUUGAUACAAAGAAAAUGUUUGUAUCCAGAGAUGUUCUCCUACCCCACCAAUUUCCUUCUAUAUCUGUUCCUAUAACAAAUCCACCAAAAAGGUCUAGCAGGAUCUCUCAUGAACCUGUUUAUCUAAAGGACUACAUUUGCAAUAGUGUGAUCUUCACUGACCUGGGGAAAACUUGCUUUGAUCACCCUCAUAAGCCUAGGAGUUAUGCUUUCUCUUCCUUAUCUAUCAACAAUCAGCAACUACUCCAUUCCCUUUCUAAUAUUACUGAACCUAGUUGCUACAGCCAGGCUUCCCAACAUCCAGGCUGGAGAGAGGCCAUGAACUCAGAAAUUCAGGCCUUGGAAAACAAUCAGACCUGGAAAGUUGUGAUGUUGCCUAAGGGGAAGAGAGCUUUACCUUGCAAAUAG